GAAACUGUUCAUCCUUUCACUCCAUGUUGAAGUUACUGCCGAUACUGGAUCUACAUUACAGCAAUGUACACUAGUUUUGAGCAGCAGCCCGCUGCCAGUGAAAUGUAGCCGGACCUCUGUGCGACAUGAACGGGCCUCAGCUCAGUGAAUUGCCGGACGACUCGGAGCAGCUCCGGCCGUGUGUGAGCGGCCUGAGGCGGGGAGCCCUGCAGGCCGACGAGCUGUCCGCCGUCAGGACGUUCUCCGACAACUUUCUCAUCAAGUUCCUGCGGGCCAGAGACUUCGACGUGGAGCUCUCUCUGAAGCUCUUACUGAACUACCAGCGAUGGCGGAGAGAGAGUCCUGAGAUCAGCACCUGCCUGUCUCCCUCCUCUGUGAUUGGCCUCCUCAACACAACUUACCAUGCCGUCCUCCCACAGCGGGACCACACAGGCAGCAGGGUGCUCAUCUACAGAAUUGGGCAGUGGGACCCAAAAGACUGGACGGCCAUCCAGGUGUUCAGAGUCAGCUUGAUAACAUCAGAGAUCAUCUCCACUGAGACGGAGACGCAGAGACAGGGUCUGAAGGUCAUAUUUGACCUGCAGGGAUGGAGUUUAGGCCACGCCCUACAGAUUACCCCUUCCCUUGCCAGAAAGAUAUCCUCUGUACUUUCGGACUCUUUUCCACUGAAAGUUAGAGGAAUCCAUCUGGUAAACGAGCCAAUGUUCUUCUGGCCAGUCUUCGCCAUGAUUCGUCCCUUCCUGCCAGAUAAGAUCAAGCAGAGGAUCCAUAUGCAUGGCGCUGAUUUCAACGACACCUUAAGCGACUUCUUCUCAUCCGACGUACUACCUCCAGAAUAUGGAGGGGAGGGGCCUAGCAUAGAGGGGGCCUGUCAGGACUGGACCAAUCAGCUGCUUCAGUCAGAGGAGCUCCUACAGCAGAUUGCCGCUCACCCAACAGGUGACAUCGCUAUUACUCCUGAGGACGCCUUGAUUUCAGAAAAAGAGGAGACUGAGCAACCCUUAGAGGGAUGAUGUUUUGAAUUUUUGCCCCUCAGAUAACACAUGCACACUUCUGUAUUUUGACUUUGGAUCAAAACAACAAAACACUCUCUCUGGCAGCCAUUUUUUAGGCCUUUUUGAAGCCUACUGGCUUUAAAUCAGGAUGUUGACUGGUAAGACUGGUAACAGGAAGAAACAGCUAGUUUGGCAGUGUAAGUAAAAAAGGAAAACUACCAACCUUUCGUAAGCGUACUAAUUAUCUUGUAGCGUUAUUUGUCAAGACCAGUCCCAACAUUUUUAAGAGUUUAAAUUCAAUUUGACUAAUAUCUGAUUAUCUUUAUUGUUUACAGUUGGUUCAGCUGAACUUAGCCAACUCUUCUUAAGCUACUGAGACUAAAACUAAGGGAUCCAAAGUUAACUGUCACAUCCACUUGCAAAGAAACCUUUUGUCAGGUUACUUUUACAGGAAGGUCGCUGGAUGUUACUGUAUGGAUCCCACAGGGAUGCUUAUUUUUAAUGAUUACUCUAGUUAAGUUGUUCUAUAACCACCAGCCAUUUGUCCAGUGAACCUCAGUGAUGGAAUGCUAGGAGGAGAUUUGUGUAGCAGCUUAAGGGCACAAUCUUCGAGAAGAUAAAGCAACAAGAACCAAGAAACAAACAGUCAUCUUGCUGUAAAAUCCUGUGAAGUCAAAAGAAGCUGUGAGAGUUUGAUGCUACCUGGAGGCCAAAUAGUUUCCACAACAGUGUGUUUUCAUGUCACCAUGGACAGCAACGCUGCAGAUGAGCAUGAACCAUAACUGCCCUCCAACUCAUCACUCCAUCCAGACAUUCAUCUUACCAGCCAGCCAAACCAAUCCCUCCAGUAUUCUCUUUGUUACAGUGUAACUCCAACCCCAGGUCUGAGCCUAAAUCCACCAACUGCAUAAUUUAGAAAAAAGGCAAAAAAUUGGGAAAGGGGAUGAGAGAUGAAACAACGCCCAGCUCUGUAUGACUAAGAUCUUUGUGCAGUGUCAACAAAUAUGACAGCUACAGUAGCUUGUAAAAUAGCAAUUUGUGGCACUGAAUUUGAUGAAUUUACUGUUUAUCAGACCACACAUGUUGACAAGAAUUACAGCCUGCUGACCCUCCGCCUCACUCCUUGCCGCUGAGAGACUCUUUCACCUGGAGAAAAGAGAGAAAGCCAGCUCCGGAGACGGAGCAUUGUGGCUUUGGCAUCUCAAAUUUAGCCAGCACAAACCCAAGGGGCCUCUUUGGGUCUUUGGAGCAGCAGCAGGGACCCAGCGUAGCCGCUUGCCACCAGCCUGCUGUUCUUGCUCAUUUUCUGUAUCCAGUGCAUCAUGAAAACAUGGUGGAACUAGCAAGCUAACGUUGGCCAGCUAACUAGCCAGCCGCUAAAUGAGUAAUAUUUAACAUCUUAAUGCUUCAUCUACACACUCUUAUCACAGCCCAGGAAAGCACAUUGCUAUUGCCAGAAACAAAAAAAAAGUGAUUGAACAGAAUUUCUUGUACACAGAAGGAGAGAACAGGCUUGUGCUGUGAUUGUUAAUCUACACAGUGGUCACGGAAAAAGUUAAGACAAUAGAAGAGGUUGGGGGUAGCGACGAGGAGGGUCUGUUUAGAGGGCGUUAACAUUCGUUUAUUUCAUGAGGUAGAUUAGACUUAAAUGGCAACCUCGGGGGCUGAGCAGGGAACCAAUGCAGUAGUGCCAAGUUCCUCAAAUUGCUGGCUCCAAAAGCUAGUCAAUCUCCAUAGACCCCCAUGUUAUAAUGGGCAACUUUACAGCAGACAGAAACAUGUUUACAGCCCUUUAGCAAAAAUUCCAUAUUUUUAAAGUCUUUGGUCCAAACCAGUCGACUCUACCCCAGCAUUGGCCCACCAAGACUAGUGCUGAUCUCAAACAGUAGUUGGUGUUAUUUAGCUGCUUGGCCAACCUUGUUACCUCGCCAGCCAGAGAAGAGACUUCAGACGCACGUUCCAUGUAACAACUACUGUAAUUCUCAAUGUAACUGAAAAACAGCGAGUCUGCCGUAGAUAUGUAUAAGAAUCAGUGACCACGAAAUGAUGAUUUCUUUAAAUGUCAACAGUAGCACCAGCAUCGAUGUGUUUCAUCACAGUACAGUCCUAUCGUUUAGCUAAUAGAUUAAAAAAAACUAAUUUAAGCGUGCAGUACCUAUUUAAUAACUCAACUGUUUCAAAGUUUGCAUUCUUUCUUUUCAUUUAUGACAAGAAACCGUUGACUAUGUUAGGAGCAAUGUUUUUGCAAAGAUCCCAUAUACCCAGAUGUUGUAAAAAGAAAUAAGUGAAUCUGUUCACACUGAGUUUAUAGUUAUUUUAUUAAUUGUUUCAAAACCGACAGUAGAUUCUUAAUUACCGAAUGUUUAUUAAUUUACGUUGCCCUUUUAAAAAAAGAGAAUACAUGUAUUUCUGAGGUGCUUGGCUCUUUCUGGGUACAUACAAUUGACUUUAAAGUUACAUAAAGAAAAAGCAAACACAAAAGCUCAAGUUAUAAUUUUAUCAUGUGGUGACACAUUUUUAAGUGUUAAAUCAUUUGGUGUAUACAAUAUGAUUAAAGUUAUUUUUUUAAACUUGAAAGGUCCUAUGAGUAUUUGAAGCAAAAAUCUAUCUGUGUUCUUGUAGGUCUGAUAAUGAGUAGACAGGGAAGAUUUGUGCACAUUACUGUCGUGAUGAAAUAAAGGUAUCAAAACUUUGUAAAUACAUGGCAACUGUGCACAGGCUCUUAUUCACUUUCAUGUGUUUCAAGUUUUGUACCUUGUACAUAGAGCAGACUGUUUGAGGCUCAGACAGAAACAACAGCCAAGUCACUUUUCAGCUCAACAGUUCUUUUUCCUAUUUUUCUAUUAGGUAAGGAAUUGUCAUAGGUAUCCUAUGUAUCAGUGUUGGUUAUGUAUAUGUAUCAGUGUUGGUUAUGUAUAU